AUGAAGAUCUCUGGCGUGUUAGGAGGGCUUCUCCAGCUCUUUGUGCUGACUCAUGGUCUUGGUGAAUUGUCUGUAACCUGUAGUGAAUCCUGGCUCCAGGUCAGACUUAGACGAACGCCUCUAGUAUACAACGUGCAACCUCAGCAAAAUGAACUCUAUCUAGGAAACCGCUGCCCUGCAAACAUCGUCAAUGUGGACUUCUUUGAGUUCCUUUAUCUUGUAUCUUAUUGUGGCAUUCAGGUUCACGAACACCCACUAAGUAUUCUCAUUGAAAGUUCAAUCACAUACGAACCGAUGAAUCAAGAUUUCGGCUACUAUAUCCCAGUAUCAUGCUACAUUCAAAGAAAGUUUCCAAUGAUCAUUGUGAUGAAAAGGAGAGAGAAUAACAGACGUGAAUCCAAAAGGCCAGUGGGGCAGAAAUGCUCAAUGUCAUGUGAAGUUGAAAACUUGGGAACCCUUCCAGCAGUGUCAUUUGGUGCUGUUCCUUUAGUUAUCUGCAUAACUCUUACACCCAUUUGCCAGAGAACGUUGUUCAAACCUGUGUCUGUCACCUGCUCUGAAUUCUGGCUCCGGGUCCAAAUUAGACGAAUACCUUAUGUGGAUAGCCUGAUUCCCCAGAUUUAUGAGCUGUAUUUAGGAAGUGGCUGUCCUGCAAACAGAGUGCUGCCUAGUUUCUUCGAGUUCAUUUAUACUCUUACUUCUUGUGGCAUCAGGAAAUAUGUAAGAGCAGUUGUUGUUUUCAAAGACUUCGUCUUUUUGGGGGCUGUGGCCGGGGGAUAG